AUGGGUGUUUGGAGCACACAGGUCAUUCAGGAUAUCAAUUUUGAAACAAUUGCUUAUAUUGGCAUCCAACUCAUUACCCCUGUCAUUAUCUUUACUCGAUGGAUGAUGCCACGAGUUGAUCUUACAAACAAAGAGCUCUCACAACUGCUGAUGACUGGAGUUGCCAUGUCCUUUGAUAUUGUAGAGCUACAAGACAACAUACAGAAUGACGAUCUUCGUAAUGAUAAAACGCUUGCAUAUCUCAUCUUGGUUUUCACAUCUCUUAGUCUGCUACAGCUCUUGCAGCUAUCUGAGGCUUUGGCCAAACGUGCUGUCUCGUCUGCACGAUGGGAAAUGUUUUGGACAGUCUACAGCAUUGUGUGUCAGGAGAUCCCUUUUUUGAUCAUUCGUAUCUACAUUCUUACAGUUUCUGGAUUCGCAAUUGUCCAAUUAAUCUUCCCUCUCAAGAAUGCCUAUAGUAUCGUGUUUGGUGUCUAUCACAUCUUUGCAAUCUUGAAGACAACGAAGAGGAAGAAAAGGAAUGAACAGCGCAGAUCAAGUGCUGCUGUGUCUGAAACAUCAGAUGACCAGUCUGCAUCUUUCAUUAAUAAGAUAACGAAUACCAUGUCAUCAGCUGCACAGUCUGUGUUUGAGGAGAAAUCUUUGUAUUUGUCAUGGAGCAAAAUUUUCUUCAGUUUUAUUCUUCCAAUUCUCUUUCUGCUAGUUCAUUUGAUGGUUUUGACGUGGCGAGUAACUCUUGUUAAUGACAACUAUUUGUUCUGGCUGCUUGGUUUGUGUGUGUUUCCAUUUGCUGCUAUCACCAUUCCAAGGAUCAUUCAAUACAGACGAGGAAUCGCUAAAGAGAAGAUGAAAGCCAAUGUAUGGUACCAACCAUUGCUUAUCUACCUAGUUGUGGCAAUAACUUGUUUCUGGCUCAUCAUUUUACCUCUUGUUGAUGACAAGAAAUUCCUUUCCAAUGACUUGGUAUUUUCAACAGACAGCCUUACAGUCGAAUGUAACUUAUCAAAGGUUGAAACAGACACCGAUGGAAGGAAGCUACUGAGCACAGUAGCAACGGUUUUGCCAUCACCAACUGCUGCACAGUUAAAGCAGCAUUCUACAACUAAUUCUUAUUCUGCGCAGAGUAGUGGUAUUGCAAUUGAUGCCAUGUCUUUACAUGAAACUGUACUCUCAAUGGGAACCAGUAAAGAACAAGCAGAUUUUACUCAACAUGCAAUGAUGAGUUCCACUCCAGCUGAAAUAGUCAGUUCUUUGCAUCCAGUUACUUCUUUUCCCGUUCCAACGCCACCAGUAAAAGUACCACGAGGAAAGCGUGCAGAAAAUGCUUCACAAGCCAACAUAACAGCCAUUUCUGCCAAUCAGACAGACGUCUCUACUUACACGACAGCUAUUCCUACCUACACAACAACCAUUUCUAUCUACAAGACAGCUAUUCCUACGUACACAACAAUUUCUAAUGACACAACAGCCACUCUUAAAAACAAGACAGUCACGUCUGCUAAGCUUGAGGGUCCAGUCAACUGUGAGACAGAUACAUCAGAUCCAGAACUGUUGGAUAAAGAGUCAUAUGCACUGCUGCAACUUGUGCUUCCACUUACAAUACUUGGUCGAUGGUGGAUGCCCAAAGAGGGUCUGACUUCCAAAGCAUUUUCUGGUCUGUUGCAAGUGGCUCUUGCUAUGGCAUUUGACAUUGCAGAAUUCACUCAUUUGCGUCUUCCUUUUGGUUCAGAUUGA